UCUCCAUCCAAAACCCGCAUCUCCCGUCGUCUUCCUUUCCCCACACCAUUUCGAAUCCCCAAAACCCUAGCCUCACCUCGCCACCCCGCGCGGCCACCCAAGCUCCCCACGCGCUCCCAUGGACACCAGCGGCGGCGGCCGCCUCUUCCAGUCGCCGGCGACGGAGGACGAGACGUUAGCGCGGAAGCGCUCCCGCCGCGUGAGCUUCGCGGACACCACCGCCGUGCACGUGUUCCAGCGCGACGAGGACUUCGAGACGCCCCCGGAGGAGCGCCCCGCCUCCCCCUCCCCGUCCCCGGCGGCGGAGGGCGACGAGACGGAGGAGGGAGACGAGGAGUUCGUGCGCGCGCCCUUCGGGUUCCUGGGGGAUGUCGAUCUCGGCUCCGACUCGCCCGCCAGCGCCGCCGGGUCCCUCUCCUCCUUCGACGGAGAUGGCAACUUCUUUGGGGUUGUCUCAACAAGCUUUAUUCAACCGGGGAGACCAUCAGAUUCUGGAAUGUCAGAGGAUAAUUACCAUGAUCAAACCUUAGAUUCCCACACAUUCUCUAUGCAUUAUAACAAUCUUAUUCCUCCAGAUGACUGUUCAGCACACUCAGCUGGAAGUCUAAGGUUACCCGAUUUAGAAUCUACAACACCACUGAAGGAACUGAAGGGAUCCGAGUCUGUAAAAUCGAGUGCUGGCCGGGAUGGGUUAACUGACAUGAGUUUGUGUGCAGAAAACGCUGAACGUUAUGAUUACACUAAGUUGUCACCCACAUUGAACAAUUUACUGCAAGAGGUCCAGGAACCCGAGUCUCCUAAAGAUGGAGCUAACCAAAUCAUGAAUUCGGAAACUGUUCUACAUACUCCGAGAACACUAGUUCAGCCGCUGCCAAUUUCACAAGGCUCUGUAUCUUCGCUACGCUCCAAAAGGCAGCAAGUUUUCACACCUAUUCCUCAUUCCACUAGUAAUGCGGCGGACCAGGAGGCAGGCUCUUUGGGGAGCGAGUUUAGGAAACAUGGGAAAAGAAUUUCAGCUCUAGGCCAUGUGCUAAAGUUCAGGCUUAAUGAAUCACCUGCUCCUACAAGGCAGGAGCUGAAUGAGGCCACUGAGUUUCAAGAUACUUCGUGCAAUGUCCUUGCGCUACCCAAUCGUGAACACAAUUCUCAUAUGGAUUCAGAUGGUAGUGGAAGAAAAAGGAGCAGCGAAGAAAAUGUCUGUGCUGAACAUGCGUUGCCAGAAAAAAGAGCAAAGGGACCAAGAAGCCCAAUAACAUCACAGAAACAGCUUCCUUGUGUAUCGUUGUCUUCUCGUAUGGCAGAAGAAAAUCAGAGUGAGCCUCAUGAUAGUGCACAAUCAUUAGGUGAUGAUUGCAACAAGGUAGUGUUCACCGUAUCUAGUUCCCUGAAGCAAAUGCGAAUUUGCCCAGCAUCUAUUAGUAAGCUUAACCCACAACAGCUUGAUAUGUUCGGAGAUAAGCUGGGGAAGAUUCAUGCGGCUAGAAAAUAUAAGAGACUUGCUGCUACUGUGAGGAUUCAAGAUUCCAGACUAGCUGAAGCAAGAUGUCUCCAUGACAAGCUUUUACAUGAAAAGACAAAAUUGCAAAUAAAUUCUGUUAAACUAGAUAAACUGCAAAACAAAGCACAGCUAUGUCAUGUUGGAAUUCAAGAAUGCAGCUAUCUGAAAUCCAAGAUUUCACAGCUUCGUCGUUCCAAAGCGGGUGCUACACAGGAUAAGGGAGGCCCUCUUGGUGCAGCAACUUCGAUCAAUGCACAGGAAGUACAUGCUAGGAUUGCUGAAAAGAAGCUUGUACUCAGCAUGGUUCAAAAGAAGGCGGAGAAGCUUAAGAGUUCGCUUGAACAUUUUUGCGACAUUAAAGGUGAUAUUGGCGAAGUCGUGAGGGUUGCUGAAGAGCAAUUGGAGAUGAGAAACCGGCGUCAGAUCAUCAGCCAGCAAGCAUCGCUCUGGACGCUGAAUGACAUUGUUAAAAGAGAAAAUAAGCGUGACGUCAUCCUCAACUAUCACAAUUUGCUGUUCCAAAGGAUCAUCUUAAACAUCAGCGAUAUGUCAACCAUAUUUGUGAAUAACUCACUGUUGGGAUCCAAAAUAGAACAGGCAUUCCCAAAUUUGAAUGCAUCGGUGGCAUUCAAUUUUGUUUUCAAACCUGAGGAGAACCAAAGACUUAGUGACUUGCGAUCCUUGCAGAAGAAGUCAAUGGAAACAAGUUUGCUUCUGGGAAAUCUUGUUGAUGUCCUAGAUGAAAUUGAUGAUGCUAAAGGGGAGUUAUUGAAUCUGACCUCUGCAAAUUUCAGCAUGGAUUCCCAGACAGGGCAACUUAUCUUUAGCCUUCGCUUCAUGAGUUACAAGAGCGCCAAGAGGGUUGCUUUCACCAUCGACAUGACAGACUUGAGCCGCGCGGUCUACCCUGCUGAGCCAUCGGAGUUGCCGAUCAAGGUAUGCCAAGCUCAGACAACGCUGUCCCAGCCAAGCGUGGACAAGCUGACGGCUUCCAUCAGGGACCUUCAGCCGGGGCGCACGAUGAUCCUCAGGCUGUGCCGGAUGUUGUCCCGGCUGGUUAACACGUUGCCAGGCUGACCUGCCAGACUGCUAUGCGUUGCUGCACAUGAAGUCUGGUAGGAUAGCAUCACCUUAUGUAGAUACCGCUCUCCUUCUUGGACAAUGGAGUGGGUUUUUUUUGCCUUUUGCAACUGGAGUGCUCGUGAGUCGUGAUCCAACUGACUGCUAGACUAGAGCAUCUCAGCCGGAAAGUUUUCUCUUCUUUGAGCUAAUGAGUUGCUGUAUGUAAGCAUUUCUUGUGAAUGCUGAAGUAAUGGGACCUGACGCACUGGCACUGCCAAGUGAAGCCGCUGUGCUCACUAAAAAGAUGUUAAGCUGUCCUGAA